UCUCUCCUGAGGGUGUCGUUUCUUGGCAUAUCGUCAAUCCGCCAUCCCAUGGAUCUGGCGCAUCUGGGUUACCCAUCACACACACAUUAUACCCGUUACGCUCACUUCCGCCUGUGCAGAGCCCUGGGCGCUUGAAGCAAAGAUUUGCCAUCAUGCCUGAAUUUGGAGACCAUGUUGAUCCUGCCAUCUUCGAGCAGAUCCUCGAGAUGGAUGAGGACGAGACCAGAGACUUCAGUCAACCGCUAGUUUUCAACUUCUUCGAGCAGACUCAGGAGACGUUUGCGAAGAUGGACCGGGCAUUGGCCAAGCAGGACCUCAAGGAGCUGUCUGCUCUAGGUCACUUUUUGAAGGGCUCCUCGGCGACACUCGGGUUCACCAAGAUCAGGGACAGCUGUCAGGUGAUUCAGCAGUAUGGGAACGAACUGAACAUGGAUGGAACGAGAGAACCAAGCCAGGAUGUGUGUCUCAAAAAGAUCACGGAGGCCAUCAAAACCGCAAAACAUGACACAGCGGAUCUGGAGAAGAUGAUGAACAAGUUCUUCAAGAAUUCUGAGCAGUAACGGCCCAUUUUGGGGCCGAUGCAACGUCUGCCCCUGCCUGAUGCGGCAAUGCCCUAGCAUCUUGGCCGACGGCAACAGCGACAACGGCAACGAACGAGGAGGGCCGCUCAUCGAGUUUGAGAACCGUGUCCGAAUGGGCAUUG